AUGGCUGCAGCGAUGUCGGCAGAAAAGGUAUACUGGCGCAGAAAAUUGCCACAAGGAUUUCAACUUUUCAUGGAAAAUUUAGCCCGAAGCGUUAUUCGCCAACAACCAGAAGAUGUACUGGAAUAUGCAGCAAUGUAUUUUGAAAGAAAGUUGAUUGAAAGAAAUGCAGCUUUGCGGCGUUUACCAGAUGUAUCUUAUCUACAGAAAUUGGGAUAUAAAACGAUCAACAAAAAACCUACAACAGAAAGCGAUUUACCAAAAGAAAGAGCAGCUGUUGAUUCCAUUACAGCAGAGGAAGAGAAUAAAAAGGUCGAAAGUGCACACGCUUUUCCAGAAAGAAAAUCGUUAAAAGAACAAGGCGGUGUAAGGUCAGAUGGUGCAGUCGCUCAUCGCGAUGUUUCGAGUCCUGUACAUCUUCAGAAAACCGCAGGUGAUGACGUCGGAGGCAGAGAUACUCCUAUAGGAGUCUCAGAAGCUGUGGCAAGUACGCUGAAGGCUACUCAGGAAGAGCUAGCAUGUGAAACAUCAAGACUAUCUGCAACAGAACAAGUAGAGGAGGGAGAUGAACAAGAUGAUGCCCAUGCAUCUCAUGAAAAAAUAAUGUUGGCCGAAUCCGAAGAACGCAUAGAAAUGAAACAGGAUUUAUUGAACGAAAUAAGAGAGUCUAGUAGAAGUUUACACAAGACACAGACAACACAGGAAACAACAGAAGAUACCAAAGAGAAAAUAUCGGCAGAAUCUAUAGACACUACAGAGCACCGAAAAUCGGAUAGAGAACUGGCUCAGAGUAUUGAACAAGUGGUUCACGCUGAGGAGGUUUCCAGGAUCAGUAUCGAGACAAAGCGUCCUUCAGUCGCUGUUGUUGAUGAUACAGAACAUAUACUUCCAACGGAUGUACAUAAAGUUGGAGAAACGUUUUCAACAGAUAAAACAAAUGAAAGUAUAAGUAAUUUAGGAGAAUGUGAAAACAUAGUUGAAGCUGGCCCUGUUGUACCAGUCGUUGAAGCUGGUCCAGUUGUACCAGUAGUUGAAGCUGGUCCAGUUGUACCAGUUGUUGAAGCUGGUCCUGCUGUGCCAGUUGCCGUACCUGAACCGAAUAUUGAGUCUCAGCAACACGUCGAAAUAGAGUCAUCAAAGCACCAAGAUUUGGCUGAAGAGCAGACACCCGAUGUACAAACAGAAACAGAGGAAGUCGGGGAUGAAAACCAAGAUGAACAUCUGGUGGAAUCAUGUGCCGUGACCUGUAGUGCCGAGGCUCUAUUAGAUGAGAAAGAAGACGAAAACAGAGAAAGCGAGUCAGAACCAACUAAUAUAGAACAUGAAAGAGAAACAACAUCAGGACAAUCCAAAGAAGCAGUUUCACGUCAAGACGUGGAAGAGCGAGAACAUACUAAGGAUGCAGCUUCAGGUGAUCUAGAGAAUACUGUAGAUGAUUCACAUGAGGAGCACAAAGAAGAUAUAGGGAGCAUUGAAAAAUCAGAUCAGGAGGCAGAAGUUCAUGUCGAGGAAACAAAAGAGCAAACAGAUGGACUGACACAAAGUGCAGAUGAACAUAGCGAGGAACCAGCAAAACAAACAGAAGAAAUGCAGCAGGCUGAGGGUACCGAUCAGCACCCUGGGGAAACAGUACAGGCAGAUGAAGAAACGCAGCAGGCUGAGGGUACCGAGCAGCACAAUGGGGAAACAUCACUAGCAGAAGAAGAAACCCAGCCGACUGAGGGUACCGAUCAGCACCCCGAAGAAACAGCUCAAGCAGAGGAAGAAACGCAACAGGCUGAGGGUACCGAUCAGCACCCUGAGGAAACAGCACAAGCAGAAGAGGAAAUCCAGCCGACUGAGGGUAUCGAUAUCGAUCAGCACCCCGAAGAAACAGCACAAGCAGAGAAAGAAACGCAGCAGGCUGAGGGUACCGAUCAGCACCCCGAGGAAACAGCACAAGCAGAGGAAGAAAUGCAACAGGCUAAAGGGACCGAUCAGGAAGCCUUGGAACCAGCACAAGCAGAGGAAGAAACACAGCAGGAAGGAGGUGCAGAUCAACACGCCGAAGAAUCAACACAACAAACAGAAGAAAUAUCAGAACAGAAAGAGGAUACGGAGGAACCAACACAAACAGAAGAAGUAACUCAGCAGGCAGAUGACACCGAGGGGCAAGAAACCGCGGAACCGGGAGAACAAAAUAAUGCCGAGGAAAAGGGCGCUAUAAAUCACACAGACACAUCAGGCGAGAACCCCCCAGAGUCAAAUGGAACUUCCGAAUCCACACUAAGGAAAGAUACAGAAAUUGCAGACGGGACAGAAAAAACAGUUGACCAAAACGAGGCUGCUCAAGAAAUAAUGUCAUCUACUGAGAAAGAUAAUACGGAAUCUAGUGAACCAGUCGAUAACCACGAACAGGGGUCUGCUCAUGGCUUAGGCGCCGAUGAGAACGUAAAACCGGGAAGUCCAGAUGAGAAACAACACGACUCAAAACAAGAGGAAAUAACACAGGGAAACACCGUUGAUGUCCCAGCCACUGACUAA